AUAGUUUAGAGAAAUGGCGAUCGAAGGUACUAUUUAUGAUAACGCUCUCCUUGGAAUUUUACAAAACGAAGGUCAGAUUUAUCCUUUUUUGGAUGUUAUAUUCGGCUUUCUGUACAGAAGAACUGACUUCUAUAAAAUUCAACAUGAUGAAAAUGAGAAAAUGGGGUUUCCUGCGAGAAUGGCAGAAAAAAUAGUGCAAAAGGCAUUUAAGAAAUACUAUGACAUGUCAAUGGAAGAUGAUGCACAGCAGCUAAAGAGGAAGAAGCAAGUAUUAAAAGAAAGUGAAAUUCCUCCCCCAGCAGCUACAGUGGAAGUUAUAACAAGUGAAGAAGGUGAAGCCAAGUCGUUCCAGGUUCAGAAGGAGCCAAAUGCUGUCAAGUCUCGCAAAGAAAAAGUGAUCCAGACUUCAGAGAAAAAGAACUUUGAAUUGACUCAAGCAGACUUCCAGAAAAAUGCAGAAAGCUACAACGGUGCCAUAAGAAAUAAUUACAGUUGGGCUCAAACUAUUAAAGAUUUGGAUGUUCGAGUGAAAGUCCCACAAAAUGUGAUAUCGGGAAAGUCAGUCAAGGUUGACAUUAAACACAACAGCCUGACAGUAAAUGUUUUAAAUGAAGAAGGAUGGACCACUGAGUUUGAUGGUGAACUGUCUUUCAAAAUAAACGUAGAGGAUUCAGUGUGGACUUUAUUUCCUGGAGAACAUGUUCAUGUGAACUUGGACAAAGUUCAGGAACGUUUCUGGGAGAGUUUACUGAAAGAUGAGCCAAAGAUUGAUCUCAAAGAGAUUGAUAAUAGUCGCCCUAUGGAAGACUUAGAUGAAGAGGCUCAAGCCAAGGUGAAGGAACUCGUGUAUAAUGAACGACAGAAACAACUGGGCUUGCCGACUUCUGAUCAAAAGAAAAUGGAAAACAUCCUGAAAGAAGCAUGGGAUAAAGAAGGUUCUCCAUUCAGAGGACAACCGUUCGAUCCAUCAGCUGUAAAUAUUUCUAAUCCAGGUGAUUUGUUCAAGACAUAAGAAAAUGCAAGGUUUCCAGUUUAUUUAAAUUCAGUUUAUGAAAGACAUGGUACAUUGUUUUAUGUUUUAAAAUCUCCCACAUUUGGCAUGUAAACCAAGGACUUUGACGAAAACAAAUUGUUUUAAUAAUAUUGGUGGGGAUAAGUGAAAUUACCAGUGUUUACAGUGUUUUGUGUUUUAUGUAUUCACAACAUUUUUUCAGUGUUCCGUUUGUUUGUAGGAGCUAUUCAGUCUUCGAAAUGUACAGUUUCAAGUUUAUUAAAACUGUUUUUAUUGGAUGAAA